GAUACUUACGUGUCAUGGCGGUAGCUUCAUAUAUUGAUUUUGGUCCAGUGGGAUGCAGAGCAGUCGUAUUUUACUGAACACGUUUCCCACUCGUCGCCAGUGAGGGUAAUAUUUAAUAUGCUAUACGCUCGUUUAGUAUUCGAUAAAGUUAACUCGAGUGUCGUUGCAUACGGUGUCGGCAGGUGAACGUUCUUUUACUGGGAGUGGUCACUGCCGUCUUAAUCGUGUACAAAAUUUGUAAAUAUUUAAAAUGCAAAUUGUAACAUUAGCUGUUCUUUUUAAUACUCUUCACAUUAUACACGGUUUAGGGAUAAAAACUUACGAGGCGAACCCUGACACGAAGAGACUUUACGAUGAUUUACUGUCGAAUUAUAACAGACUCAUUCGACCUGUUAUCAAUAACACCGAGACCUUAACGGUUUGGCUCGGUUUGAAGCUGUCGCAGCUAAUCGAAAUGAAUUUAAAAAACCAAGUGAUGACUACUAAUGUCUGGGUAGAACAGAAAUGGUUUGAUUAUAAAUUACGAUGGGAUCCAGAGGAAUACGGCGGCGUAGAGAUGCUAUACGUGCCUUCCGAAAAUAUUUGGCUACCAGACAUCGUCCUAUACAAUAACGCCGACGGUAACUAUGAAGUGACGUUGAUGACAAAAGCGACUUUGAAGUAUACCGGAGAAGUAUCCUGGAAACCGCCAGCGAUUUACAAAUCGUCCUGCGAGAUAAACGUAGAGUAUUUUCCAUUCGACGAACAAUCGUGCAUCAUGAAAUUCGGCUCGUGGACGUACAACGGCGCUCAGGUGGAUCUGAAACAUAUGAAACAGGAGCCCGGGAGCAACCUGGUUGCGACGGGGAUAGAUUUAAGCGACUUUUACUUGUCGGUGGAAUGGGAUAUUCUAGAGGUGCCGGCGUUCAGGAACGAGGAAUAUUAUCCAUGUUGCACGGAGCCCUAUUCUGAUAUCACGUUCAACAUUACGAUGCGAAGGAAAACUUUGUUCUACACUGUUAACUUGAUAAUUCCUUGUGUGGGUAUUACGUUCCUUACGGUGCUCGUAUUUUAUCUGCCCAGCGAUUCCGGUGAAAAAGUAUCGUUGUGCUCUUCUAUUCUUCUCUCGUUGACAGUGUUCUUUUUACUGUUAGCCGAGAUUAUACCACCGACGUCGCUGGCCAUACCGCUUUUAGGAAAAUAUUUAUUAUUUACCAUGAUUCUAGUCACUCUAUCGAUAUGGAUCACUGUUUGCGUUUUAAACGUCCAUUUUCGAUCUCCGUCAACGCACAACAUGUCGCCAUGGGUCAGACAAGUAUUUUUGAAUUGGAUGCCUCGAAUGCUGAUGAUGCGACGCACGCCGUAUUCAACUCCGGAAUACGACGAUACUUACAUGGACAGUGGAUAUACCAAUGAAAUUGAUUUCAGCGUCAGCGAUUACCCGUUGGAAUUGAAAGGCAGCCCGGACGGAUUUGAAAGCGUUACUUCCCAAUAUAAAAAUAUGAGGGAAGACGACGCCCGACUCAUGCCGCACGCAUCAGUCACAGACAGUGAAAACACGAUGCCCAGACACUUAUCACCCGAGGUCAUAUCAGCCCUUAAAGGUGUGCGUUUCAUUGCUCAACAUAUAAAAGACGCGGACAAAGAUAACGAAGUAAUAGAAGAUUGGAAGUUUGUAGCUAUGGUUUUAGAUAGGCUCUUUCUUUGGGUUUUCACACUAGCGUGUACCGGAGGAACUCUUGGCAUAAUAUUUCAAGCGCCAAGUUUAUACGAUACGCGUGAACCCGUGGACCAACAGCUAACUGGUAUAUCAUUCCGUAACUACAUGUAUCCGAACCUAGACGAGAUUUUACAGGGGGAUCCUAACGCGUCAGAGAUAAUACGAAGAAACCUAUGAGAGAACCGCCAUACUAUAAAAUGAAAACCAAACCGUCGAGUCGCUCAGUUUUCUAACGAUAUCAAUUUUACCCGUUUUAUUUCUUACAACUUCAGAUCGACUUUUAUAAAACUAAAAAGUGUUUAGAGAGUAAGCAGUUUUAUUUACCCUGGCCAACUAGGAGCGCCGUCGGAAGAAGGAACACUUAGGUUUAAUUAGAUUAAUUAAUACUAGCAUGAAUGCAAACAAAAAAACCUUUGCAAUAAAAAUAUUUACACCUUA